GCUGCAUAGAGCUGCAUGGACAGUUCUAGAUCUCUAGAGUCUCAGUUUUAAAAUAAUCUGCAAAAAAUGUGCAGACCACGCAUUGUACAGCACUCCAGUUACUAAACUUUGUUGGUGCCAUUUUUUGUUGGGAGUGUUGGUAAAACCCAGAUCCACGCCCUAACAAUGGCACAAAUGGAUUUGAGGGAGAGCCUGGCUGAACACUUACUAGAAGGAAUUGACGCAGCCAAUGGAAAACUUCUCGGAAAUGGCAGUUAUGGGGUCGUCCAGACUGUUAAAUAUAAAGGAAAGGAACUGGCUUGUAAGACCUAUCGUGAUUAUUUGAUUAAUAGUGCAGACCACAAUAUGAGAGGGGCCUUCCUCAAGGAGUGCCACAAUGCCAUGCGUUUGAAUCAUCCCAACGUUGUCCGUUCUUGCGGCUUCUACUUUCCCCAGGAAGCCAUCUUUCCUUCCCUUGUAAUGGAACUUCUCCCUCAUUGUUUGAAUAAGAUCCUUGAACAGGGAAUGGUUCCUUAUCAUUAUAAGCCUUUCGUAUUGGCAGAUGUUGCAAAUGGCCUCUCGUAUCUUCAUUCACAGAAUAUAAUGCAUCGUGACCUUACUGCAAACAAUGUCCUACUCACAGAGAAAUGGACAGCCAAAAUAGCGGACUUUGGACAAGCAAAAGUUGUCAAAAAUAAAGAUUUCAUAAAGCACACAAGUGCACCUGGUACUCCUGUGUAUAUGCCGCCUGAGGCAAGGCCAAUAAGUCAAGGGGCAACGAUACCAGACCUUCAACAAUUGGAAUAUUCAUAUACUAUUGAUGUCUUCUCGUUUGGUGUCCUUAUUCUCCACAUGUAUUUGAACAAGAUACCAAGGAUCAUUGACGAAACAGUUUCAGAUACUAGGAAUCCUCAACUGUUUUAUCGUCGCCCUCCACUUGAUUAUUUUAGUCAGGACAUUGAGACUGCUAUCCCCCGGGAACAUCCAUUUAGAAGUCUUGUUGAACGUUGUCUUAAAGAUUCUCCUAGUCGUCGCCCCUCUGCUUCAGAGUUGUGCAUUGAAACGAACGACAUGAGACAAGAUGCUUGCAGGAACGUUGGCCUAAUCAUUGCUGAUAUUGAGGAAAGGCAUAAGCAGGACCAGGAAAAAAUUAAGAAGUAUGAAGAACAGCUGACUGACUAUAAGAAACUGAAAAAUCACUUGACUCAACUCAGUGAGGCCUAUGCAGGCUUUAAGGAAAGGGCAAUGAGUAGGAGAUUAAUAAAAGGGCAGACAAAAGGGGAUCAGCCAUUAGAGCCGCAGGACACAACUGAUGAUCCAAGUUUAUUAGAGUCUAUGUCAGAGAAAAGGAACAGUGGCCAGAUGUUAGAGGAGUCCUUCAGAAGCAUUACAGGGAGAAAGAACACUGCGUCAGAGCCGCCCGAAGUAUUAGAAAACAUGAUGUCGUACAGAUCGGAAAAAAGGAGAACCGCUCAAGCCCUUAUUGACGAAGAAGACAAAGAUGAUAUCAUGAUAUCGUUUAGAGAUGCUGAAAUCAUGUUUGAAGAAAGAGCAAAACAUGUCGAGAAAGAUUUGCUACAGGCUCGGCGCGAUCAUGCUGUUUUACUUAGCGACUAUCAGCAGCUUCAUGAAGAGAAUCAAAGAAUCAGAGCAGAUAGAGACAGACUGUUGGCGCAUACUGACGACAAUCCACUGCUUCAAACCAUGACAAAAGAACUUCCUUCACCUGGUUCAUUAAGUGAACUACCAUCUUCAUUGGAUCCUACAAAAAAAGACAGGAUGCUCUUGAAAAGUAAUGCCCUCAUAACGAUAGAAGAUGUCCCACAGCAACCUCUCUCAUUUCACGAUAUCAGUGGGGCUCAAGCUGUGACUCACGAUGGGAAAGUCUACAUUGGCAGGGCCACUUGCAGCAUCUGGAUGUACGACACCGUUACCAAAGAAUGGAAGAAAAUGAAUACCGACGCUCCUUUUAAGAACUAUGGAUUGGCGAUAUACGAUAAGAAACUAACAAUCGUUGGUGGGUCUGAUGCUGUGGGGAGACUGAGUAGGAAAGCAUUGGUAUACAAUGAGGAUAAUGAUACUUGGGAUCCUGAUAAGAUUAAGAAAGAAAUGAGUAGACCACGUGAGAACCCAGCUGUUGCUACGACCGACAAGUACCUAAUAGCAAUGGGAGGUACUUCCACCAGAGUUGUUGGACUCUUCCUCACGCCAGUGAGUACCAUUGAAGUGUACAAUGGAAAUGAAUGGAGUCUCGCUAAUGCCUCACUCCAGAGACCUGGGGACACAAUGCAGUCCUUUGUCCAAGACGGCUUCCUCUAUGUUCUCAAUUCCGACGGCUGGACAGCCCGAUAUUGCAGUGUUAAUACUCUUAUUGAAAGUUUGACGUCCAAAAAGAAAGCAAAGAACUUGUGGCACUCGAUCCCAAGAGAUGUUCCUCAUACUCGUUCCUGUGUGUUUGUCUGGGAUCACACAUUAUUAGCCAUAUCCGGUGCCGGCUCUGACGGCUUACAAUACGCGUUUGAUCCCAACUUACUAAAGUGGAAUAGGAUAAAGUGUAGAGGGGCUCUCCCAGCAAUCAGAAACGCUACUUGUCUCUGGGUUGGACAUAACCAGUUGUUUCUCUGUGGUGGUAACAUUGACAUGUUCACGGACUCCUCAAAAGCUUCCUUCAUGUUAGUUGUUGGUGAAGAUGAUGGUGAACCCUCUGAUGAACCCUCUCACCAGUUUGAAGGCAGUAACAUUACUUCUAGUUCCUAUGACAUUAUAAAAAACUAAAUACAUUAAUAUUGAUAAUUAUUGUUUGUUUAUUUUUCUGAUUUCUAUUUGAUUUUUUCA